GACCAGGACCAAGCCAACCAACAGAAUGAACACUACACGUCCCUUCGCGCCAAAGCAAACCAGGAAGGAGACGCUAUGGCUAAAUGCUUCCAGCAAAGCCACGAGGCGUAUUCUCGCCGUGAGGGUGCGCUAGCUAAGGAACUCUCAGAGAAGGGCAAAAAACACGAACGUACCAUGGAAGCCCUGAACGCAGAGGCCAGUGCAUGGAUAUUCAGAGAGAACAAUUCGGACUGCAAGCCAGGCGAAUUGGAUCUGCACGGACUGUACGUCAAGGAAGCCAUACUAUACUCCGAUAAAGCUAUCAAGGAGGCUCGACAGCGGGGGGAUUCACAGAUCCGCCUCAUUGUUGGCAAAGGCUUGCACUCCGAUGGCCAUGUCGCUAAAAUCAAACCUGCCCUAGAGGACUUGAUGAAACAGCACAAUCUUCCUGUUGAGGUGGAUCCACAGAACGCAGGUGUUCUGAUCGUGCAGCUCGCUUGA